UACAACACUUUGUCCGAUGAUCAUACAUCACGCGGGCCGUCGCAAGGAGAAAUUUGAAUCAGCUUCCUCGAGACCAGGAUUGAGCCAAGACCAAGUUAUCAUGAGGCCUGUCAUGCCACCGCGCGGACGUUGUGGCUUCUGAGACGGUCAACACCUAUGUAUCACAGAUCCAACACGCCAAUGAAGGGGUUCAAAGACGUCUACACGCGUUGCAAAAUCGUAGGACGCAUGUCCACGCUUGAUACGGUGUCAAGCGUGUCAUACAUAGUCAAUCGACCACCGCAGCACCCAUUGCAGAUCCCCGACCAAGGCCCCAUUCCUGUUAUCCUGAUGCGAAUGGUCGGCGCGCAAUUAUUGUUCUGCUCGGAGGUGAUCUUGUUCAUCAAAUCCUCGAUAUACAGUGAAUCAAUAUCACGCACAUACCCAAGGCGUAGACACAUCGACGUUCAUCGACCCAUCACCAGGGAAAUCGCACUGCUGAGGCAUCUCCAACAGAUUAUAUUCAUGACAUACUCUGAACUACUGCAACAGGAUGUCGGCCUCUCCAACACAGAAACCCAUCCUCCCAAUCCACCGCCGUAUCGUCAUGAGCGCCAGCCGAAGCGAUGCCUCCAAAACAGCGGACAGACGAGUCAAACAGACGAGCUCCCAGACAUCAGAGAAGGGCCCCAGCACCUCCUGAGAGGUGCCGUAUUUCGUUCUAGGGGACGGGAACGCGGACAAGGAGACGGAAGAGCAACCACCGAGCCCGAACUUUUGUGUCCCCAGGAUUUGUUCUAUUAAGUUUUUGCGACGCGAAGACGCGCGUUUUAAGGCUGCGCGACGCGUACGUAAGCGUUUCCCACCUCGUUGACGGCGCUCAAGCAGUGGCACGUGUUAUCGAACCCCGGAUGCUCUUGACGCUGCCCCGCACGGAGCGAACGGCCGUAUAUCAGCCUCUCCUUGCAACCGUCGCGUUCUCUCGCUGUCGUCCCACUGCUAACGCGUCUCGAACGCAGAACUACUACUUGCACAGUCUCCCCACUUAACUUCCGCUUUUUCAGAAUGUC